AUCAUCCGUUGGCACUAUUUUUAACAAGCUCUGUUUCGUAGCUGUUUAGUUUACAGUUAGUGAUAGCAGAAAAUGCUGACAUUUCUUUCAUUAAUUACAGUUGACGCCUGAUAAGAGUGAAAAUAGACUCAAAGCAGGAAGUGAUAAUGCAAUAACGAGUGACUGGACGCUUUUUAUGUCAAUUCUUUCUUUCUUUUUUUCCGGCUAUUAAAAGCAGCAGCAACCCCAUGUUUCCAUAUUCUUACAUUGACUCAUUUAAGCCCAGAAAACAAACAUGAGUUUGAGAAAUGACUCAUAAAGUUGGUGUUUUAUCUUGUCUCUCAGCGGUGUGGCCCAUGAAGGCUCUGCGGGCCUCAGCCGGGACCUCCCAGCCCGUUCUGUCCAGUCAGCAGGUCCAGACCGUUUUCUACCAGGUGCCUGAGCUCAGAGACCUGCACCAGAGCUUCUGCUCCGGCCUGAAGGCCCGGCUGAGCUCGCACUGCCAGCCUGAACCCGGAGCUGCUGACGACAAAAACAUGAGCUGCACGGGCUUUGAGCUGAUGGUGGGGGACCUGUUUCUAAAAAUGGUGAACCACAUUGGUCUGUACGGAGGUUUCAUUGGAAACUAUGAGGACGCUGUUGAAAUAGUCCACAAGUGCACAAACUCGGACCCUCGCUUCCGGACUCUGGCCCAGAGCAUGAUGUCUCAUAACGGCUCGGACAAAACCAAGUACACAUUUGAAGCUCUACUGUACAAGCCUUUGGACAGAGUAACCAAGACCACACUAGUGCUGCGUGACCUCCUAAAGACGACGCCAGUGGAACAUGGAGACUACACAUCCUUACAGGAAGCUCUGAGAUUGUCCCGCAGCUUCCUGUCUGGUGUCAACGAGAGUUCACAGUGCAAACGAGAGGUCACGCUCAGUCACGGCAUGAGGCGUCAGCUGAUGCGUGACGGAUUUGUGGUGGAUGCGAGCGAGGGGGAACGCAACCUGCGUCACCUCUUCCUUUACACCGACCUCUUGCUGUGCACCAGAUUCAAACAUGCAAACAGAGGGAAGCCAGACCAGUACAGAUUCUGCUGGUAUCUUCCUCUUGCUGGCCUCAAGCUUCGCUGGGUUGCAGAUCAGGAACGUUCGCCAGACGCACACCUUCGCUUACACACCAUAAGAACCAAGAUGUACCUCCUCCGACAACAACUACGGCAACACGCAAAAGGGUUUUGGGGUUUGGCAGCUCGGAGCAGGAAACUGGAGCAACUGGAGCUGAUGCUGCUCACACACUCGCCAGUUUACACACUGGAGCUGCACAGCCCCAGCGACAAGAGUCACACUCUCGUCUUCUCGUCCUUGUAUGAACUUGAAGAAUGGAGAGAAGCCGUUCACAAACUCACCACAGACAACAUAGAAACGGUCCCUCCAGACCUGCUCACCCUCACCAGUGCGUGCGUGAAACUGAGAAUGACCCAGCAGCCACCACUGCACAGCACAAACGCCGUUGAGGACGAGGCGUGUCUGUGUGGGACUCUGAGUGUGGCCGUCCACUCUGCCUGCGGCCUGCAGCAGCCAGCCUACGUGUAUGUGUGUGUGGAGGUGGAUGGUUACGAGUUUUACGAUAAACAAGCCCAGACGCACUCAUCAGUCUGCAGCCUCAACCCACACUGGGACCAGGAGCUGUCGUUCCAGGUGGACGGAGCGCAGGAGCUGAGGGUGCUCUGUGUGAGUCAGUCUGACAGACAGGAUCAGACUGUCCUCGGAAAAGCUGCUGUGAAGUUGGAGUCUAAAACCCUGAGUAAACGUUGGAGGAGACAAACUCUGCAGCUCGGCCAGGUGGAGGUGACUCUCUCCGUGAAGUUCUGUCCCCACCCGCUCGAACCGCCGAGCUCUACGGCUCAACAGCAGCUGCCUGUCUUCUGUGUCCCCAUUCAAACCGUGGCUCAGCGGGAGGGCGUGCUCGUCCCUCAUGUGGUGCGCUGCUGCGUGGAAGAGUUGGAGAGGAGAGGCAUGGACGAGGUCGGCAUCUACAGGGUUUCAGGAACCACCAGUGACAUCAGCGCGCUUAAGACUGCGUUCAACAGCAAUCUGCGCGAAGCCGUAACCAGGCUGAGGAACGCUGAAGUCAACGCCGUCUCCGGGGUCCUCAAACUUUACUUCAGAGAGCUGCCGGAGCCCCUCAUACCCACUGAGCUGUUUCAGAGUCUGGCCCGGAUCCUGGACAUCCAGGACAUGAACUCUCGGAUUGUCUCCAUGAUGUCCCUGCUGCACUCCUGUCCUGACCCCAACCGCCACACCUUCCUGUAUCUCCUGCACCACCUGCAGCGAGUCUCUGAGAAGCAAGACGUCAACAAGAUGUCUCUGCUGAACCUGGCUACAGUGUUCGGUCCGAGCCUCUUACGACCUCCUGUGGUUGGACUGGGACACGACGGCCCCACGGUGGAUAUUUCGCAGGAGGUGGUGGUGCAGGUCCAAGUGGUUUUCUGCUACCUGCAGUGCAACAACCUCCCCGAAGCCCGGACCUCGCUGCCACAUGACGCGGACGCCGAGGAUGAGACCACCCACAUGUGAGACCACCAUCAGUGUCACAGCGGCCAGGAGGGAACUGUAGUGUUCGGAAAUGUAUAUCUGUGUUAAAACUGUGAGACAAGAAAAGUAUUUAUUCAUAAAAAAAUUGACUUUU